CUCGUAUCUUGUCCAAAUGCUACUUUAAAUUUUCUUCUGCAUCCUUCCUUGGAUUAGCUCUGCAGCAUUAGUUCGCUUCUUCGGCUCGUAAUAGCCUGUCAAGUUCACUCGUUCUUCCUGUUUCAUUGGAUCGUGCCUGAAUGUUCAGACGUUCAUUGUUCUAUCUCGGCCUAUCCAUUCAUCUUCACCCUCUCUCGAGGUCAUACAUACCUCAAAUCACUGUCACUAAUGUCCUGUUCUUGACAGCAAUACCCUGUACAGGUUUGGCCACAAGCCAAUGCCAAGUCAGUCUAUGAUCCUCGGCCUUCAAAACGAAUCGAAAUUCACAAGGAUUCUUUCGAGCCUUAUCAGUGUUCUAGGCUUCCCCUCACCAGUCCUCAAAAAAAUCUCCACAUGGGCUUAGGGCACGAUGGGAACAUGACGCCUGAAGUCGUAAUUGCUCCACCCAGAAAACAACCCAACAAACCCUGCUGCAACUUGCAUCAAGUUCUUGCAUUCACUUCCGUCGUCUAGACAGACUUUUACCCUCACCCCGACCGACUACGAAUUGCGAAUAUCCCAGUCCUCUUCGCGCAACCCGCCACGGCAUUUGCUGACUGGACUACCGGAUCCUCCCAUCCCCGCCCAAUUACAGAGUACACUCUGCGAGACUCCUGGUCCUCAAUCCCGAUUGCAUGUGCACCUAUCCACCCACUAUGCUUUCUGUAUAACACCCAAACAUGUCGUCAGCCUCAAAUACGGGCAGGCAGCAUGCCCGCCAUAGCUCCACCUUUUCCAAGGCCGUCUCUCGAGCCUCAAUGUCUGCCGCAUCUCCCUCGAGAAAACCCCAAGAUGAUUCCUCCAUAGACGAGUCGAACCCUGCGUCAAUCACUGACCGUCCCAACCCUCCUCGACGUGCUCGAGCGGGUUCAGCCUCCAGCCAAACCGUCGCCAGAACCCCCGCGAGAAGUUUCUAUCGCCGUUCAUUUCAUGGUCAACUUGAUCCUCCUCAAUACUCCUCUUCUGCCGACCUCCGAGAAGAAACCGCAGAGCUGGCUGCCUUUGCCCUCAACGACAGUGCUUCCUACCUUGGCAGCUCCCCGCCAGCCUCGGACGCAUCUUCAGAUGAUGGACACCCAGAUCCAAUUCAAGAAGUCUCAGAACCAGUCUCCCCCCAGGAGUCAGAAGACGGCCAACCCCAAGAUCCCAUAUCUGAGCUCACCAUGAUGAUCCAAAAUGCUCCGCAAGACGAGCCUGAAUCAGCUCCAAAUGGCCACGAAAAGAACAAACAUGUACAAGAUUCUCCUCAGACGAGAACAAGAGAAGACAACAUCCAGCCUGCAGAACCCAGUGAGCGGACACGCCUUCUUGGAGACCGGAGGUCUUCCGUCCAGUAUGGCCAGUUGAAUGACCUUGAACGUCAACACCUAACCAAGAGGUCACAUCAGGACAAAUGGAGGAAGACGCUUGAGAACACAAAGGCAUGCCUCUACACGCUUUCUCAUCCAAAGACGUGGAACCCACGCACCAUUUACCACGAGGCCGUCGCCCACCCAGUCUCUCUUUUGCCUGCUGUUUUUCUCGGUCUACUCCUUAACAUUCUGGACGCUCUGUCAUAUGGGAUGAUUUUGUUCCCUUUGGGCAACGCAAUCUUCGACGACCUAGGUUCCGACGGCAUUUCAAUGUUUUAUGUCAGCACAAUUGUCGCUCAAAUCAUCUAUUCUUCCGGCGCCUCGGUUUUCCGAGGUGGCAUUGGUUCGGAAAUGAUCGAGGUCGUGCCAUUUUUCCACAAAAUGGCCUUUACAAUUCUCAACACAGUUGGCGAGGAUGAUCCAAAGUCUGUUCUGGCUACCACCAUCCUCGCCUUUUCCGUUAGCGCCGUACUUACCGGUCUCGUCUUUUUCUUGAUGGGAGCAUUUGGCCUGGGUUCCUUGAUUGGCUUUUUCCCUCGUCAUAUCCUGAUCGGUUGCAUCGGAGGUGUCGGUUGGUUUCUGGUGGCCACCGGACUCGAAGUCUCGGCCAGGUUGCCGGGGAACCUCGAAUACAAUUUCGACACUCUGAAGCAACUGUUUCGCGGAGAUACCAUCCUCCUCUGGGUCAUUCCUCUUGUGCUCGCCGUCAUCUUGAACAUUUUCCAGCGCUUUGUCAAGUCAAAUCUACUGGUCGGCGGCUAUUUCAUCUCCGUCGGUGCCAUCUUCUACUUUUUCAAGUUUGCCCUGGACAUCCCAAUGAGUACCUUUCACUCUCACGGCUGGGUCUUUGACCCCCCUCCAGCCGGAAACCCCUGGUAUCAUUUCUACACCUUGUAUGACUUCAAGGCUGUUCAUUGGGGAGCAUUAGCCGACACCAUUCCUGCAAUGUUUGCUCUGACCUUUUUUGGUGUCUUGCAUGUCCCCAUCAAUGUCCCUGCUCUUGGAAUUUCCACCGGAGAAGAUAACCUCAAUGUCGACCGCGAAUUGGUCGCUCAUGGUCUAUCAAAUUGCGUCUCUGGACUUUUUGGAAGUGUCCAGAAUUAUUUGGUGUACACAAACAGCCUGUUGUUCAUGGACAGUGGAGGCAACGACCGGUUAGCAGGUCUAAUGCUCGCAGCUGCCACCUUUGGAAUUCUUUUGGCGGGCCCUGUCAUUAUCGGCUUCAUCCCCAUCAUGGUUGUCGGAGCUCUCAUCUUCCUCCUCGGAAUUGAACUGCUCGAAGAGGCUCUGGUCGGAACCUGGGGAAAGGUUCACAAACUGGAAUACACCACCAUUGUCAUCAUUGUCGUCACUAUGGGGGUUUGGGAUUUUGUCGUCGGCAUUUUGGUCGGUAUUUUGUUGGCUGCUCUGAGUUUUGUCGUUCAAACAUCCAGAAGAACUGCUAUCCGUGCAACAUACUCUGGACAAGUGGCCAAGUCGCUGGUCAGACGUCCUCCUGUCCAACUCAAAUUCCUCAGGGAGACUGGUCAACAAACUUUUCUCAUCAAGUUGGCAGGCUACCUCUUUUUUGGUACGAUUGUUGGAGUUGAGAAUCGCGUGCGUGCCCUUCUCGAGGAAGACGCAUUUACCGAUCGCCCCCUCCGAUUCCUCGUCCUAGACAUGGCCGCAAUCAGUGGGAUCGAUUUUUCUGCUGCAGAAGCCUUCACCCGGAUCAAUCGACUUCUUCAAAAAAGAGGCGUUCAAUUAGUCAUCAGCAGUUUGGAUGUUGAUGGCGAAAUUGGACAGGCCCUUCAAAAUGUCGGUUUGUUUGAAGAUGAAUCGGGGGUGGAAUUCUUUGGAGAUCUUAAUGUCGCUUUGGAGCAUUGCGAAAACAGACUUCUUACGGCGCUGUACCGACAACAGGAGCACCGAAGAACUAAACGCAUCGCCUCCCACCUGGAUGUGCCACGUUCUCAGAGUCAGGAUUUGCCACAGUCCUACAAGGCUGAAUUCAUGGGGAGCUCACCGAGACGAAACAUGCUCCAUCAGGUGGCACAGUCGACACUCGAUGAGGAUAGCUCUACCGCAAGCAAGUGGCAUUCUUUUAAGCAGCCGUUGCCCUUGCUGUUGCAAAUCAUGGCAGACCUGACGAAUAAGAAUGAAGACUUCUGGCACCGGGCCAUCCCAUAUUUUGAACGGGUUACAUUCACAAAGGGAUCUGUACUCUUCAAUGUGGGUGAUUCGCCUAAUGGGUUCUAUCUCCUCGAGGAAGGAAUCCUUCGCGCAGAGUACGAUCUACCACAGGGCAAGUAUUCGGAGUUGAUUGUUGCUGGACGACCGUGCGGGGAGUUGCCGUUCUUCUCGCAGACCACGCGGACCGCAACCAUGGUGGCGGAAAAGGACAGCAUCGCGUGGCAACUGGAUGACAAGAAUUGGCAAGCUAUGCAAAGUCAAGAUUCCGAUGUGGCCCGGGAACUUUUGAUCAUCAGCUUGAAGCUGACCAAGGAAAGAAUGGAUGCUAUCACGUCCUAUGUGUUGACGACUGCGAGUUGAAGUGUUUGACAAAUGUGAAUGAUGGGGUGUAGGUUUGAAUUGAUGCAUAUACUCAGCCUUACGAGACUGCUACAGGGUCAGCGAGCGAAAUGGAAUUGUGUAGCGGGUUGAAAACCAAAUUUGGCAGUGGCAAAAGUCGUUUCAUUCAAGAAAAGCAUGGCGCUCGUGGCAUCGUGAAUUUGAACGGGGAAAACAGCAGAGAUGUAAAAAGUUGCAGGGUCGGUGGGGUCUUGGUUUGGUCUGGACUAGAAAUAUUGACGGGAGUGGCCAAGUGUAGGAUGAUAGCAUUGUAGCGUUUGGAAUAGUAUCAGCGAGACGUAGUGGAAGUGAUAAUAGGAUGAGUUUUCACACAGUCAUGCC